CAGUGUUGAUGAUCAGUCAUGGUUCAAUCAAACCACCACAACUGAAACGCUCGAGAAGAAAUCUUUUUUAGUCCAAAACUAUCAUCUCAUUCGUUCAGAUGUCUCUCUUAGUCGAUCCUGAAUAUUUUUUACACGCUUUGAAGUUAAAUUACUUACGAAGAUUACCCGAUCCUAAUGGACCUACUUCGAUCUCAUUCAAAUCAUCCUCUCAACAGAAUCCUUAUCUACAAUUAUCAGGACUAACAGAUCUCAAACGAUGGCCUGAGUUGAUGGUCACUGGUAGUCCACCUGAUCCGAUACCAACUCGACAAAGAAGGCAACAGAAUCAGAAUCCCUCAGGUUCCAGUUUACGUUAUAGUGAGACUAUCGUAGGUCCGAAAGGCACUGGUAGUGGAGCUGGAAUGAGAGUCUCUGGUAGAAAGUCGAUCAGAAACUCUCGUGGUCGUGGUAUGAUGCUUCAAAGUGAUUCAAAGCUACCUGUCAAUAAUGAACCCGUCGCCUCUGGAUCUGGAACUCAGAAUCCCACUACGAAAGCUGGAGCCACUGCAUUAGCAUUAACUGAAGGUCGAGCCAAAAUCAUCUCCGGGGUCGGUUUAGAUCCAGAAGAGAGUGAUGAAGACGAGAACCGUUCAAGGAAUGUAGCUCAAGAAGACGACGAAUCAAAGAUGAAGCAAACUCUACAUUCUCGACAGACUACAGCUGAUACAAUCAAAGGACAUCGAAGAAGGGUCUCAGCCGUAAGCUUUGCUCAACCAUUACCACCUCUACAGCAGACGUCAGGUGGAUUUAAAAGAUUGAGAAGUCACACUGCAAGUUCGACUGCUACGACCAAUACAAUCAAUUCAUCUGACAUGGAUGCCGAUACAACACAAAACUCAUCUCGUAUGUUACAAGAGGAGAUACAAGAAGAUAUAAAAGAAGAGGUUCCCUCAAGAAUAGCAACCGCCACAGUUUCAGCAGAGGCAUAUUAUUCUAGAGAACAUGAUCCAGAUAAACGGCUAUCCGAUCUAUUAUUCAAUUACAAGCCUAAUCGACGUACACAAAUUGUAGGAAGUGUUGGGUUUGAGCCCGCUCCUUUAUUAGUAGAAGAAGAGGAAGAAGAAGAGGAAAGUGAAAGUGAAUCAGGAACUGAAGCAGGUGUUGGAUCUAGUUCAAAUCUAGAAGAAGAGGAGGAAGAGGAGGGGGAAGAAGAAGAAGAAGAAGAAGAAGAGAAAGCUGGGACGAGCUCUACUGAUGAUUAUUCAACGAAUUCGUAUGGAAAAUCAUUGUCGAAUCCGAUCCCGGAUUCAGUGAUGGAAACCAAUUUGAUACUUAAUCAUCAGCCCACACCAUCAUCAUUAUCAUCGACAUCGCAAAAACUUAAUGGAAUGACAUCUGAACCUAUACCCACCAUCAGGCGUAGAGAAAGAAGAAGGGUGAAUAUCAAGAUGGGUCAAUUGGUGGGAUCACCAAUCAUUGAGGAAGAAAACGGUCAAGAAGAAGGCAAAACAACCCCGACCACUGCUACCCGAAAAAGACUGAUGAAGAGCAAUCCUCUUGCAACUGCUCGACCAUCAUUGCCAGAUUUGAGGAGAGCGAUCAAAGUGCAAAACCGAGUUAGUCAGCCUGAUCCGACUGAAGAAGAAAAAGCUGAAUUAGCCAAUCUGAAUAGCUUUAGUCCUGGUGGACGAGCUAGAUCUCUUACUACUCCUACUCCUAUACCGGCAAUUGCAGUCGAAGCAGAUAGCUCUGGGAGUGUUUUAUCUCGUCCACCCAGAAGAAGGAGAGGUAGAUCAAGUCCGAAAUCUAUCAAUACUUCUGGUCAACUCUUGACGACCACAACCAUUGGGACUCGGAAGAAUUCCAUCACGAGUCCCAUUAAGGAUUCAUUUCCCAGUAGUCCUGUUAGUAAUAGUAGUUCGAAGAUCAAACCAAAACGGGUGGGUAUCACUUUUAAGAAGAUAGAAGUCAAGCCAUCAUCUAUUCCUUCAUCGGCCACAAAAUCAAAGUUGACAGAACUUUUAACAUCAAAGUCUAAGGAUCCUACCACAGAGAAUCCGUUUAGAUGUCUAUAUUCAAUGUUAUCAAGUAAGGAAAGGAACGCGAUCAAAUUGAAGAUGUAUUUUCCUUUCUCAAAAGAACCCAAGAAGCCGAUCAACCGAUCGAUUCGAACGGAUGUUUGCGUGGAAGAAGUCAUUGGGUUUGGACUAUGGGCUUAUAUUGAAGAAGAUCGAGAACCGAAACUAGAUGACAUUCAAGGUGGAAAAGAUUUGAUUGAAACUUGGGCUUGGUCUUUGAGAUUAGUGGAAGAUGAUGGAGAAGUUGAUGAAGAUUUUCCGGCUCUGGAACGAACUAGAGGGAUUGGAAAAGUGGGUAGCAAUGAGUUUGCAAUCGUCAUGGCUAGUGAAAGUCAAGCUAAACAAAAUGCGAUUGCUCAAAGUCAAAUACAAAGAAGACCGUCUAGGAUCUUAGGAGAACCUAACCGGGCACCACGUCCGUCAGCAAGCUCGAGUACAACUAAUUUGCUUCCACUACCUAUCAAUGCGACCACUGGACUAUCAGGUACAACUUUUGAUAGUCGACGAACUGGCGGUCUCAGUGAUUCAUUAGUGAUGGGAGGAGGAUUGGGAGGAGGAACCUUCACAGGAGCUUCGAUUAUGGGUAUACCAGUCUAUCUAAAGAUCAGGAUUCCAUCACCAGGCAAAGGAGUAGAUUCUAUCAUGACCACCCUGAAUGUGUCAAUGGACAUGUAUCUGGCUGACGUAUUGGAGAUGCUCUGUAAGAAGAAAGGAUUAGGUUCAUCUAAAGAAUGGGCAUUAGUUGUACCAGCUCAAUCGAUUGGAACUCAAACUUCACAACAGAGAGAUAUCUUAGUACCAUUGGAUCGAACAGUAGAAUCUUUACAAGGCGUCACUUCACUUGGAUUGAUGAAACGGAAUCAAGUCUCGAGUAAACUGUUGAUAGGAAUGGCAGGGAUGAACAAUACGAAUACGAACCCAUCUGCUUCAAUCUUUAAAAGAUUAUCAGAACCACCUGAACCGAAGUAUGUAUCGAUCAAUGAUUUGGUCAAAUCGAAUAAAUCAUUUGUAGUUCAAAUCAGAAGAAGAGGAAUCUUGGGUAAACAUGAAAGAGUGCUUAGUAUUGAAGAUGAUUAUGUACAUAUUGGAACUGGAUUAUUAGGAGGUGGUAAGAUUAGUAGUUAUCAUGUUAGUCAGAUUGUCGAUUGUUUAGUCAGAGGUGGUAGUCAUGGAAAUAAUAAUAAUAGCUGUGGAGUCAAGUUGGUUGUUGCUAGAGAAUCGGGUGAGAAAAGAUAUGAGGUGGAAGCGGAAAAUGCUAAGAGUGCAGCUGAGAUUGUUCGACAUAUCAAAGGAUUGAAAGAUAUGUAUCAUACACAGAAAUGAGGAUUUGAGGAAGUCAAUCUCUGAGGAGGUUUGCAUGGAUCAACAGAGAUCAUCUUGUAUUUAUGUACAUGUUUUAUUUUAUUUGUAUUUAUUUGGGGUCAUAAGAGUUUGAUUUAUGUGUGUACAUAGGUUGUUUAUAAGGGUUUGUUAAAGGGACAUUUUGAUAUUUUCAAUGAAGGAUUUCAUUUCUUUGGGAGUUUGG